GGCGUAACAUCGAUGUUCUCAUGUAUGCACACAUGUUCAGGUUGUUUUUAUGUAUUCAGUAAUGUGUAUUACGCACGGCGUGAUUUUUCAGUAUCACUCACUGCCUCUACGUUUCUACCACCUUUAACUAGCGACAAUAGUAAAUGACGUGUCAAAAUUUGCUUUUUUAAACACGUAAACAUUUGUGUUUCGACGACCAUGAGUAUAAAUGACUCUGAACCGAUCGAAUAUGAGCCUUCUCUCAGGAACGUGAUCGAGCAACGAUCGCUCCGAUGGAUAUUUGUCGGCGGCAAAGGUGGAGUUGGUAAAACUACGUGCAGUUGUUCCUUGGCCAUACAAUUAUCCAAAGUCAGAGAAAAUGUACUCAUUAUAUCGACGGACCCUGCACACAAUAUUUCUGAUGCCUUUGAUCAGAAAUUUAGCAAAGUUCCGACGAAGGUAAAAGGUUUUGAUAAUCUGUUUGCCAUGGAAAUAGAUCCAAAUGUUGGCCUUACUGAACUGCCUGAAGAAUACUUUGAAAGUGACGCAGUUUCAGGCGGCGAAGCAAUGAGAUUGAGUAGAAGUGUAAUGCAAGAAAUUGUAGGCGCAUUUCCUGGCAUUGAUGAAGCAAUGAGUUAUGCAGAAGUUAUGAAACUUGUCAAAGGAAUGAACUUUUCUGUUGUUGUCUUUGAUACUGCACCAACUGGUCAUACCUUAAGGUUAUUGUCUUUUCCACAAGUUGUAGAAAAGGGACUGGGAAAACUAAUGAGAUUAAAGAUGAAAAUUAGCCCUUUCAUUACGCAGAUAAGCUCAUUAUUGGGCAUGACAGACUUCAAUGUAGAUACAUUCUCCAAUAAAAUAGAGGAAAUGCUUGCCGUCAUUCGGCAAGUUAACGAGCAAUUCAGAAAUCCUGACCAAACAACCUUUGUUUGUGUGUGCAUAGCAGAGUUCUUGUCUUUGUAUGAAACAGAAAGACUUGUACAGGAACUAACAAAGUGUGGAAUUGACACUCACAACAUUAUAGUGAAUCAACUGCUGUUUCUGAAGGAAGGAGAUGCACCCUGCAGAUUAUGUCUAGCUAGGCAUAAAAUACAAGACAAAUAUUUGGAACAGAUAAUGGAUUUGUACGAAGAUUUCCAUAUUACACAGCUUCCUUUAUUAGAAAGGGAAGUUCGUGGAGUCCAACAGGUCAAAGAGUUUUCUGAAAACCUUGUUAAGCCAUAUAAACCUUAACUUCUAUGCAAUUGAUCUUUAAUAAGAAUAUACAUAACUUUACAUAUAAUCAGAAGUUUUUAUAAACUGACAAAACCUUAUAUAUCGCGAAAUUUGUAUAAAAGCAUACCUUACUUGCUGACGCGACUACAGGAGGGGGCAACGAAUUCGAAAAUAAAUACGGCCU